AAUAAAUUUAUUAAUUAAUUAAACGAAAAAGGAAAAACAGAUUCACCUCUUUCUGAACGAGGAGCGAAGUCUAAGAAAAACAAAGAGAAAGAACAGAACGAAAGAGAGAAACCCAGACGAGAAAGAAGAAAAAUGCAUUCGUUUGGGUACAGAGCCAAUGCUUUGCUCACCUUCGCUCUCACCAUUCUUGCGCUUAUGUGCGUUAUGGCAUCUUUCUCCGACAAUCUCAACUACCCUACCCCCACUGCCCAAGUCCAGGUCUUGAAUAUUAAUUGGUUUCAGAAGCAAUCCAGUGGGAACGACGAGGUCAGCAUGACUUUGAAUAUAUCUGCCGACUUACAGUCAUUGUUUACAUGGAACACAAAGCAGGUUUUCGUCUUCUUAGCUGCUGAGUAUGAAACCCCAAAGAACUCCUUGAAUCAGAUCUCUCUUUGGGAUGGUAUCAUACCUGCAAAAGACAAUGCAAGAUUUUGGAUUCAUACUUCUAAUAAGUACCGUUUUGUCGACCAGGGAAGCAACCUCCGGGGUAAAGAUUUCAACUUAACAUUGCACUGGCAUGUCAUGCCUAAGACCGGGAAGAUGUUUGCGGACAAGAUAGUUAUGUCCGGAUAUCGCUUGCCGGCUGAAUUUAGAUGAGAUUGACUUUGUGUAUCUUGUUCCUGUAACUUUUAGUGCUUUUUUUUUCAGAACAAGAGGAUAUAGAUGAUCAUUUUUAAACUAGAGAAGAGAACUAGAAGCAAGAAAGGAUUCAUCUUUCAUAAUGAAAAUUAAAAGGUCUCUGGAUUUUUUAUUUAA